CCAAAUCAUAAAGUAGUUAAGAAAAGAAAAACAUAACGCUUAAAAUAUUGUGUCCACUUUUUUAGUCCCACAAGACAUGGAUUUUGAAUCUUCAUUCUUCCAAUUCCAAUACCAAAACCUUGACACUUCAUUUGAAAAUUCCUCUUCUUUUUUAGAAUCCUUUUCAUUGGACGAUUUCUUUUUCUUCAAUGAAGACAACAACAUUAACAAUAACACCUUUCCCAUGAAUUUCACUGACCAAAACACACAAAUAUUCAAAGAGUCAUCAACCUCCGAUUCCAACUCGAACACUUCAAACUCUCAAGUCAGCACGGAGUCACAAGAAGUAUCAUCCAAUUCAACUCAAUUGGUACAAUCAUCAUCACCUAAGAGGCCAUAUAGAGGAGUUAGGAGAAGACCAUGGGGAAAAUUCGCAGCGGAAAUAAGAGACUCAACUAGAAAUGGUGUUAGAGUUUGGAUUGGUACAUUUGAUACAGCUGAAGCAGCAGCUUUAGCUUAUGAUCAAGCAGCUUUAUCAACAAGAGGAUCAAUGGCAGUGUUGAAUUUUCCUGAACAUGUUGUGAGGGAAUCAUUGAAAGAUAUGGAGAAUAACAAGUCUUGGGAAAAAGAUGGUUCUUCUCCUGUUUUGGCACUCAAGAGGAAACACACUUUGAAAAGAAAGUCUAAAGCAAGUAAUUGCAAAAAGACCAAAAGGGUAGAAAGGGAAAUGGAGAAUAAUAAUAACAUUGUUUCACAAAAUGUGUUGGUGUUGGAAGAUUUGGGUUCUGAAUAUUUGGACCAACUUCUUAGCUUGACUUCUUCUUCUCAAGACUUUUUCUAGUUUCCUAUUUUGUUGAGUUUUGUUCAUUACUAUUUUUGUUCAUGUUAAUUAAUUCGUUCAUGAUUCUUUCCCUUUCAUUCCCUUUGUUGGUUUCCUUCCAUUGGAUUGUAAUCAAUAGAGAGAGAAGAUAUAGGAGAGUUUCCAAUUGUAUAAAUUUUGCUUCUAAGAAACAUUUCACAAACAAUUAUUGUUGAAAGGUUUCAAUUAAUAUAAUCUUUCAUAUA